AUGCCGCUCCACCACCCCAAGCACCGCCACCAUGACGACGACCUCCUCCCCUACCGCCGCUCCGAUGAUGAGGCCAAGCCACGCCGGCCCUACACCCCCACCUUCCCCUCCUCCCCCGCCUCCGCUAACCGCCGCCUCCUCUUCUUCGCCGUCGCCUGCCUCGUCCUCGCCGCCGCCUCCUUCGCCUUCGCCGUCUCCACCAGCCGCAACCGCCAGCCCCUGCCGCAGCCUCCGCCUACUGUUGCCUUCCGCUGCGGCCACGCCGAGGACUCGCUCCGCUCCUUCCUAGCGGCCUCCUCGCACGGCAACUUCUCCGCCGGCGACAGGGAGAAGGUGCUCGCCGUCGUUGGCGUACACACGGAGCACGGCAACUUCUCCGCUGCCCGACGCGCUGCGCUCCGCGCUACCUGGUUCCCGCCCAACCCCGAAGGCAUCGUAAGUUUAGAACAUGGAACUGGAUUAUCUUUUAGGUUUGUCACUAGACGGCUAAAGGACAAAGAUAAAAUGGAAGAUCUUCAGAAAGAGGCGGAUACUUAUCAUGACUUUUUGUUUAUUGAUGCUGAUGAGGACACAAAGCCCCCACAGAAGAUGUUAGCAUUUUUCAAAGCAGCUUACCACAUGUUCAAUGCAGAAUUCUAUGUCAAAGCUAAUGAUGAUAUCUACAUGCGCCCAGAUAGACUUGCUGCUCUUCUUGCAAAAGAAAGACCUCAGCACAAGACAUACAUUGGUUGCAUGAAGAAGGGACCAGUUGUCAAUGAUCCAAAUAUGAAAUGGUACGAAAGUUCUUGGGAACUGUUGGGUAACGAGUACUUCAUGCAUGCUUCUGGUUCACUAUAUGCUCUUUCGUCUGAGGUGGUUGAAGCUCUAGCUACUGCAAAGAGUGAUAGCUUAAGGAUGUUUGAUUAUGAAGAUGUUACAAUCGGUGCAUGGAUGCUUGCUAUGAAUGUAAAGCAUGAAGACAACCGAGCAAUGUGUGAUUCAAUAUGCACUCCUACCUCCAUUGCUGUAUGGGACAGUAAGAAAUGUUCAGGUACUUGUAACAUAGCUGACAAAAUAAAGCAGCUGCAUAACACCACUGUGUGCUCAAAGAGCCCAACGUUGCCACCUGAGGUGGAGGAGGAAGAAUAG